AUGAAAAAACCUCGCAACGGCACGGAAGAAAUCAUUGACCAUCUUGAAGAGGACCUUGACCCUGAAGAAAAUUCUUUUGAAAUUGAAGAACUCUAUAAAAAGAAGAAAAGUUACUAUGAAAUAUUAGGAGUCAAAAGAAAUGCUACUCAAAAAGAAAUAACGGAAGCCUUUCGAAAAAAGUCUCGGAAAUGCCAUCCCGAUGCUCAACGAUUAACUUCGGAGCAACAGAAAAUUUUCAAACCAAAAGAAUUGGAAGAAUAUUUUGAAGAAAAACAAAAACAGCUUAAUGAAGCCUAUGAAGUACUUUCUAAUGAAAGAAAGAGAGCACAAUAUGAUGUUCUUGGAAAGUGUAUUACAUCACUAGUGUUAGCCGAUGACUCUGAGAAUAUUUCUUUUCAAGAAUUAAAAGAACGAUAUAAAGAUUACAAGAGAGAACAGCGAAGACAAUUACGAGAUUCCAAAACUCAAGGAUCCACAAGUGCUAAUUUAUCAAUGGAUAUAUCUGGAUCAUUUCUAAGUGAACAAGAUUUGGAAGAUGCAUAUAUUGAACAAGAUGGUCAAACCUAUCGUGUCAUUAUUCCAAAAGUAUCUUUUACAAAUUCAUCAUUUUCUCAAACCUUUCAUACACCCAUUUCAAAAUUAGAUACAUUGAUCUUUCAUGGAAAUGCUAAUUGUGAUCAAUUAAGCGCUGAAAAUAUUUCUCAUACAAUCGCUUUACAAUGGAGACAUGUAAUAGAUCCAACAAAAGAAGCUACUCAAUUCGAUCUGGUCACUGCAUUUAGUACUCAGAAUCCAAAUGCUUUGACUUUGGUUGCAUCUGGAAGUACAAAAUUAUCAGAUUAUAGUUUUGGAUCCAUGAAAUGGGUUGGACAAUUUAAUGGUAUUAGUCCAACAUUUAUGAAUUGGUUAUCCAUUGCUGGUUUUCAAUUAGUUUAUAAGAGACAAUUAUUUUCCGAUCCUUCUUUGUUUGGAUCCAUACAUUUUAGUUUUCCUCAAGACAACAAUGUCUCUUUGGUCGUGGAUAAGAAUUUUGAACACGAUGGAUCUUCUCUUUCAACAGAAUUACGACUCUCUCCAACCAACUCUCACAUUUCUUGUGAAUUUAGAAGAAAUGUUCCAGAAUGGAUACGUGCGUUGGGUCGUUUGGGUGUUUCCAAAAAACAAGAUUCCACUCCUGGUGGUGUUGAAAUGGUUACAGAUGUAACAUUAUCGACUCCAAGUUUGGGCUUUCAGUCGGAUUCGUAUGACGUUGGAAUGAACAUGAUGUUAGUAAAAACAAUUGGCGAAGAAACAGAAUUAGGUUUUGGUGUUGGAGCCAGUAAGGAAGAAGGAAUAAGUUUGAAAUUUAGUUUGAAACGAGCCGAUAGACAUCAUUUCACUCUCCCUAUCGUCUUGUCUCAUUACUUUCAUUGGAAAAUGUUAUUCAUGGCUACCAUUACACCCAUUACUUGUUAUACUUUGAUUCAGAAUUUUAUACUUGAUCCUUUAAUGAAUUAUUGGAGAAGAAAGGAAACAAGGAGUAAACGAAAGGAGGCCUAUUUGUCCACUCAACACAAACGACAAGUUGCUCUUCAAGAAUUGGACAAGAUUAGAGAACAAGCUCUUCAAUCCAGAAAUGCAGAAGAAGAAGUGAAUGGUUUGAUUAUUAUUAAUGCAAAAUAUGGAGACUUGGAAGAUGUUGGAGAUGAUGUGAAUGAAUAUCCUUCAUGGAUUGAUUUAACCGAUCAACUUCAAUUUUUAGUAUCCAAUUCCAAAUUAUAUCUACCAGAGUAUAGCAAGUCAAGAAUGGAAGGUAGUUUUGAUCCAGCUCCCAACAUUCCAAAAACUCUAUUGGUUUGGUAUCGAUUCAGAGGAAAAACACAUCGAGUGGAAAUUGAUGAUGAAGAAGAGUUGAGAAUACCUUUGGAAGAAGAUGUCGUCAGAAAUGAUGAUCGAGAGGAGAUGAAAGUAAUGAAUGGUGGUUUUGGUGGUGGUGUUGGUGGUGUUGGUGGUUCUGGUAUUACUACUGCCAAACACUCAAGUACUCAAGGUGCAAGCAAUUCUGAUUCUGAUGAAGAAGAAGAUGACGAAGAGGAUGAUGAGUAA